AUGUCAGCACCGUCUGCGAUAGACGUCACCACAGCCCGCUGGACUCCACGCUGUCGGCACCGCAUGCGUCCAACGUCACCACAGCCCGCUGCACUCCACGCUGCCAGCACCGUCCGUGUCCGACGUCACCACAGCCUGCUGCACUCCACGCUUUCAGUGCCGUCUGUGUCCGACGUCACUACAGCCCACUGCACUCCACGCUGUCAGCGCCGUCCGUGUCCGACGUCACCACAGCCCGCUGCUCUCCACGCUGUGUGCACCGUCCGCGUCCGACGUCACCACAGUCCGCAGCACUCCACGCUGUCAGCACAGUCCGUGUCCGACGUAACCACAGCCUGCUGGACUCCUCGCUGUCAGCACAAUCCGGGUCAGACAUCACCACAGCCCGCUGCACUCCACGCAGUCAGCACCGUGCGCGUCCGACGUCACCAAAUCCCGCUGGACUCCACGCUGUCAGCACCGUCCAUUUGCGACGUCACCACAGCACGCUGCACUCCACGCUGUCAGCACCGUCCAUGUCCGACGUCACCACAACCCACUGCACUCCACGCUGUGAGCACCGCCCGCGUCCGACGUCGCCACAGCCUGGUGCACUCCACGCUGUCAGCACCGCCCGUGUCUGACGUCACCACAGCCGGCUCGAUUCCACGCUGUCAGCACCGUCCGUGUCCGACGUCACCACUGAAUGCAGCAGUCCACGCUGUGAGCAUCGUUCAUGUCCGACGUCACCACACCCCGCUGCACUCCAUGCUGUCAGCACCGACCCCGUCCGACAUCACCACAGCCUGCAGCACUCCACGCUGUGAGUACCGUCCGUGUCCGACGUCGCCACAGCCUGGUGCAAUCCACGCUGUCAGCACAGUCCGUGUCCGAUUUCACCACAGCCCGUUGCACUCCACGCUGUCAGCACCGUCCACGUCCGACGUCAACACAGACCGCUGCACCCCACGCUGUCAGGACCGUCCGCGUCCGACGUCACCACGGCCAGCAGCACUCCACGCUGUGAGCACGGCCAGUGUCCAACGUCACUACAGCCCGCUGCACCCCACGCUUUCAGCACCGUCCGCUUCCGACGUCACCACGGCCCGCUAG